AUGCUAAUUUUGAUUCUAAUUCACGUGUUGAUUACAUUAACUUGUGGAUUGAACGAAAUUGAAAAUCAAGUAAAAUUGGCGCAACAAAUAACCGAUUGUUUCUUCAUCCAAAAUAGCACCGAAUCAGUGGAACUAGAGUGUGACACGGUCAAUGUGAACUCAAGUAAAAGCAAAUGUUAUUCGGCACUAUUCGAAGAUGAAUCGAUGAAAGCUGGCCGUUUGAAAGUGAACGAAUUGAAAAGUGGCCAGUGUCGUUCUCAAACGUUUGACACAAAAUUGGCCGAAAUGUUUCCGAAUUUGGUAACGCUAGACAUUUCGUAUCUUGGAUUAAAAGUGACGCCACAAAAUGUGGACGAAGCCAUCGGGGUCAGUUUCUAUUUUGAGAAAUUGAAAAAGCUCAACGCAUCGCACAAUGAAAUCGGAGCACUUGGCGAUAUGUUCUACUUCACAGCAAAUAUCAACGACAUUGACCUAUCGCAUAAUAACAUCUCAAUCGUCUCCGCAUCUUCAUUCGCAACGAAUGAUGCGGUGAGAAAGAUCGAUUUGUCGCAUAAUUCAAUUUCAACGGUGGAGAGUUUAUCAUUUGAGGACAUGGGCAAUUUACGAUCCAUUGAUUUGAGCCAUAAUUUCUUGAAAACAUUUGACUUGGGCGUAUUCAUGCGUAACGUUAAAUUGCGGGCCAUUCAUUUGGAGAAUAAUCGAAUCAAACAGUUCACGUAUGAUGCGUAUGGCGGUAUACCAAAAUUCGAUACGCUGGUGUUCUUCAGUGCAGCCGGCAAUCGAAUCGAAAACUUGAACGAAAAUUAUUUACAAUGUUUGGGGCCGGCGCUCAAAUUAUUGGAUCUGUCAUGGAACCCAUUGGACCAACUGAAUUCCAGCAUGUUUGACGGACUCAAUAGUUUGACGCAUUUGAAUUUUAGCCACACCAAUUUGUCGCAAUUCGAUUUUGACGCUUUCAAACAUCCGGAUAAAAUGAAGUCAAUCGAUUUAUCUCAUAAUCACAUGCACACAUUUAACCUAACCGCCAAUUUCAGCAGUUUGGAGGCGCUCAAUUUGGAAGACAAUGAUUUGCGCGAUUUAAAAAACAUUUCCAAUGCUACGUGUCCGGCACUUUCAAGUGUUGGAGCAGCUUUUGGUGGAUUAGCCGGUUUGAUUUUGGGCGGUCCACUUGGUGCUGUGGCCGGAGCAUCUGCUGGAGCUGCUAUAAGUGGAGGAACAAGUGGCACAGUAUCUGUAGUGAGAGGAAUUGUUAGUAAAGGCGAUUAA